AAGACAAUCAUCAAAAGCAUGGAACUGUUAAAGUGGUAACACAUCCCAUGAGCCAUCAUCCUCUCCCCUCUCCGUGAUUAUUCCCUUUUGCUUUUUCGGGUCUCGUGGUGUUUCUCUACUUUACAAAUUAAAGAGGGGACUACUAUUACUACGCUACACUACACUAACUCUAUGUUCACUGGCUCCCUUGAUGCUUAACACUGCACCUCCUGUUCAAUCAUUUCUCACACUCUGUUGUUGGUUCAGUAGUAUUAAAUAAGACAUGGAUUUUAUGAGGUUUCUCACAUGACACCAUUUCUAAUUUCUUGUGAUUAUUUUGGGGAAAGAAAAGCAGAUCAACUUCAAAGAUUGCAGCUGUUUAUUUUCCUUAUUUCCGUGGUCAUGAGGGAAAAGCACUGUAUUCAAAGGAAAAGCUGAACUUCCGGAAAGAAGGGAACAAAACUUGCCGAGAUAUUUUCUUCCCCUUGACUUGACUUGCUAGUACAUCCAAUUCAGUGUUUGUUACAUAGGAAAACAAAGGGCUUGUUUGGUUAUUUCCACUGCUUCAUUUUCACUGUGAUGACAUCACAUCUUGUUCCAUAUUAGCUGUUUGUUUUGUGAAUAAUCCUUGUCACUUGCUAGACAUGGCUGAAAUUAAGCUUACCCGGGUGGAGCAAGGCCAAACCAAGAUUAAAAAUGUUCCAAUAGCUGUCACCCCAGAAGGGUUUUGGUGCUGCCCUUCUCCUGUUGUGUUUCAGAAAAGCUUCAAGGCUCAAAAUCCUCUGAAUAAACCCAAACCCUCUUCAUCCCCACCAACAACCAGUGUUCAGAAAAAGCCAGUGCCAGUGAGUGAGAGAAGAGCUGCUGCAUCUGCUCCAUCGAGAUUGGUGCCUUCUGAUGAUCAACAAUGUAGUACUGGUCCAGAAAGACCUCCAGCUAGCACAUCUGUGCCUGCAGAGAGAGCACCGAGACCCAAAAUUGAAACUUUGCCAAGAAAGGUAGCUAUUGAGUUUGGUGAACCUGGAACUUGUGAUAUGAAGGUGGUUUUAUUAGGAAAGCAGGGAUUUUCUGUCAAGUUAAGUGUGCACAGGGAUGUUCUGAUAGAGAAGAGUAGUUUCUUUUCUGACAAACUUUCUGAACUAUCGGGUUUGUCAUGUCUCCAAAUCGGUGAUUGUGAGGAUGUUGAAAUGUAUGUUGAAACUGUUGGUCUGAUGUACUGCAAGGAGAUGAAGCAGCGGCUAAUGAAGCAAAGUGUUCCCCGCAUUCUUCGAAUACUCAAGGUUGCAGAAUUCCUUGGCUUCAGCUCAUGUAUCCAAUCAUGUUUGGAGUACUUGGAAGCAGUCCCUUGGGUUGGAGAAGAGGUAGAAGAAAAGGUGGUCUCAACUGUACUAAAACUCCAAGGGGAAGGAAUUGGGGUCAACCCUGUGCUGAAACGAGUUUCUUCUGAUAUUUCUAAUGUCCCAAAAGACACUCUUUCCCAGAUUAUUGAACUUGUUCUCAAAAGCAAUGAGGAAAGAGGCCGCCGAGAGAUGAAAUCCAUAGUUCUAAAGCUCCUUAGGGAGAAUAACAAUCUUCCAAGCCAUGCACGUUCAACUGACAUAUGCAAUGACAUGAUUUACAGAUCAUGCAGAAGCUGCUUGGAUUCAUUGUUGUCUCUUUUCAAGCAGGCCGCAGAACCGGGCUUCGCAGACAAACUAAGUGAUGACAGAGAACCUAUAGUAAAGCAUAUAGCUCUUGAGGCUGAUAACCUCUCAUGGUUGCUUGAGAUUUUAGUUGACAAACAAAUUGCUGAUGAGUUUGCACUGAUGUGGGCAAACCAGCAGGAAUUGGCUGCUCUACACGCAAAGCUACCUAUUGUAUCGCGCUAUCAUGUUAGCUGCAUUUCUGGAAGACUAUGUGUUGGCAUUGGAAGAGGUGAAUUGUUGCCAUCAAAGGAAACGCGCCAACUGUUGUUACAGACAUGGCUACAGCCUCUAAUGAAUGACUACAACUGGUUACAACAUGGGUGCAGGUCAUUUGAUAGGAAGCUUGUGGAGGAAGGAAUUGGGAGGACAAUUCUCACCUUGCCUUUGGAGGAUCAACAAAGCAUUUUGCUUUCAUGGGUUGGAAGUUUCUUAAGAAAUGGUGAUAGCUGUCCCAAUCUUCAGAGAGCUUUUGAGGUCUGGUGGCGGAGAACUUUCAUUAGACCAUAUGUGGAAAGUCAAGGCAAUGCCAUUUCAGAUAGUUCAGUGUUGUCAAAGAAGCAUGAAUAAAAAGAAAAAGUAUCAAAUGAGAUUCGUGUGUAUCUUUCAAUGGUUGUGGUAUUUCACUUUAUGUUAACGAGUUUAAAGCAUUGUAAAGAUAUUUUGAUUGCAGAAUGUGGGUUAACCUCCAGCAGCUAACAUGGUAAGUUAUGAAUUCUUUGAGGAAGACCUCAUUGAAUUGAUAAAUUUCAGUUAUUUGUUUUUGUAUAAUGUCUU